AUGAAACUGGUUUGCAGCUUAUGGUUUGGUGAUGAUUGUUUAGACUACAGAUUUUGUAGUUGUUACAGUUUUGGCUUUGUUGAGGGUUUACAGUUUGGAUUUGGUUUGGUUGUUUUUGGUUUGCAGUUUGGAAGUGCAGGUUUGGUUGUGGAACUGGUGUACAGUUUGCAGUUUGGAAAGCUUGCAGCUUGUGCAGUUUUGCAAUGGUUUUGUAGUUUGGCUGUUUUUGUGUUGGGAGAGUUGUGGUUUCUGCUUGUUUUGCAGUUUUUAGUUGUUUGCUGUUUUGUUUUGAGCAGUUUGAUAACAGGCGAGGGUGGUUUUGGAUGUGUUUACAAGGCUGGUUUGGAUUAUAAUUUGGUGGUUGCUAUCAAGAGGUUGAACUGUGAAUGUCAAUAUGCAGAAAGAGAGUAUGAGAAUGAGGUGGAAUUGUUGAGUGAAAUUCACCAUCCAAAAUUAAAAUGUUUUUUAUGUUAUAUUUUUUUUCUUGAAUUUUAA